AUGAAUACCUCAUCAUCAUUUACAAGUUCGAAUACAUCGGUACCCUUCGAUGUUCCGUCAAGUGAUGGUGUGGUGAUUCAGGUUGAUUUGGUGAAUGAUGCUUUCGAAGAAAUAGAAUCUUUGUUGUUUGACGAAAAGCCUCCCUUGGAUUGUUUCAUUAGAAUAGCUGUCUUGUACUAUCAAAUCAAUAGGAUUGAUCUUUUCGAAAAACUGUUGAAACGAUUGCUAUCCGAGUCAUCCUUCAAUGAUUACUAUGGACAGUAUGAAUAUACUGAAGCUAAAGUUGAAGUAUUAAACAUUUUAGCUGGAUAUCAAAUCGAAAGAUAUAACAAAGUAUCUUCAAGUAGUAAUGACAAGAAUAUUUCGGAUGAUGCAUCACAGAAUAGGAGAGAAGAGAUUAGAAAUGAAAUUGAAAAAUUAAUCCAAGAAGCUGAACAGUUAAAUCCUUCGAAAGUAACCAACUUUCUUUCGCGAGCUGUGCUUCACUUAAAUCUCGGAGAAGUGGACAAAGCAGAAGGAAAGUUUGAUUACGUAUUGACUGUCGAUAAAAACAAUAUUCCGGCUCUUCUUGGAAUGGGUUGUGUCCGAUAUAAUCAGGGUCAUUUCAAAGAAGCACUUGCAAUCUAUGAGCAAUGUAUGAGAUUAAAUCCACAAGGACCAGCAGAUAUUAGACUUGGAUUAGGAAUGUGCCAUUACCAACUGGAGAAUUAUCAAAGAGCUCGACAAUGUUUUGAAAGAGUCUUAAAGCUUGAUCCAAACAAUGUUGCUGCUCUUGUUUCUCUAGCUAUUAUGGAUUUGAACUCGAACGAUGAAAAUCUUGUACAAAAUGCUGUGAAAAAUAACCUAAGAAAGGCUUAUUCGUUAGACCCAACAAAUCCUCAAGUUUUAAAUCUAUUAGGAAAUCACUUCAUUUUCAAGAAAGACACCGAUAAGGCAUUGCAACUUUCUUACACUGCCUUUGAAAACUCAACAGCAAACAAGAUCAAAGCAGAAAGCUGCUACAAUAUUGCCAGAGCAUAUCACAUUGAAAAAGAGUACAGUCGAGCAUUCGGAUUUUACUAUCGUAUAAUUUCCUCACAUUGGUCUGGUCACACCCUUGCUCAUUAUGGUCUUGGCCAAAUGUACAUUCAAAGAAAUGAGAUUGAUAACGCUAUUAAUGAGUUCGAAACUGUUUUGAAGACAGAACCUGAAAAUUUAGAAACUAAUCGUAUAUUGGGCAAACUGUAUGCAAGAAAAAGAGAUCCUAAAAAGACAAUCAAAUACUUUAAAAAGGUAUUAAAAAAGGAUCCAGAAGAUCUAGAUGCCUUGAUAAGGAUAGGAGAGUAUGAGAGAUGCAAUACACAACAAGCUCUAGCAAACUUGAAAAAAGGGCAAGAAAUUUUGGAAGAACGAGGCACAUCUAUUUCAUUUGAGCUUUACAACAAUAUUGGUGUGCACCAAUAUCAACUUGGUCAAUACCAAGAGGCUGAGAAUAACUUUAAAAAAGCUUUAUCUCUAACCAAUUGCAAGGCUCUUGACAAUUUGGAUGACUUGGAAGAGCAGUCCAUUGAUACUACUACUUUGUCAUUAGUGUACAACAUCGCUCGAUUAUAUGAACGCACAAAAGCAUAUGACACAGCAGAAAAACUAUUUCUCAAGAUUGCAGCCCAGCAUCCAAGCUACAUCAAUGCCUAUCUUAGAAUUGCUAGCAUUCAACAAGCCAAAGGAAACUAUGAUAAGGCUAUUCAACUUUGCAAGUUGACAACUUCACUAGAACCAACCAAUCCUGUGACAUGGUCUUUCCUAGGUCAAACAUUUUUAGAACAAAACAAUUUUACUGAAGCCCAAAAAGCCUUCGAAUACAUUGUUCAGAACAUUGAAAAGAAUGAUAUUUACGCUCUUUUAGGAUUAGGUAAUAUUUACUUCCGCUCUUUAAGAGUUCCCACUAAGACCAAUGAUGAGAAAUACGAAAAGGAACAUGCAAAGAUUGAAAAGUAUCUCGAGUAUGCACUUGGAUUUUUUGAGAAAGCUAUGAAACUGGAUGGAAGCAAUCUGUACGCCACCAUGAAUAGUGGCUGUGUUUUGUGUGAAAAUGGUUACACAGAAGACGGAAAGGCCCUUAUGAACCGAGUUCGUGAAGUUUGUGUUGGAGACUACAACGACAAGAAAGAGAAUCCAGAGACAUAUAUUAACCUGGGACAUUUAGCAAUGCUUCAAAAGCAAUAUGCUCAAGCUGAAAAGCUCUAUUCGACAUGUUCAAAACGUUUCUUCAACGAUGAGAAUACUCUUGUUUUGGCAUUCCUUGCCAAAUCUUACUUCGACAAUGCCAAUUAUGAUUCGUGUUUGGAUACACUCUCUAAAAUUGAAAAAAUUGACUCAAACAACCUCACUGUCAAGUAUAAUUUUGCCAUUACAUACUAUGAAAAGAUUAAUACCAUCACAAGUCAAAAGAAUAAGUCCUUGCAAAAUGCUGAAUUAUUGGAAGAGUAUUUACACAAAGCACUCGACCUCUUUAAAGAAAUAUCUAAUAAGGACAUUAAUGCAUCCCAACAACAGCAACAACAGAAAAAGAUAUCUAGUGAAUUCUCGCUUCCUGAUCCUGUUGUCAUUCACAAAGCAAACGAGUACAUCAAAAUUCUGGACUCAAAAGUACGAGAGAAAAUUCAGAAAUACAGAGAAAAAGCAGAAAAUGAGGAAAAAGCAAGAGAGUCAUUAAAGAUAAAACAAGAACAGGCAUUCAAGCUUCUCGAGGAAGAAAAUAAAAGGCGAUUGGAAGAAGAGGAGCGUGAAAGAAGAGAAAGAGAAGAGAAGAUGAAAAGAAUUUACAUGGAAAACAUUGAAAAGAUUGAAAAUAUUAUGCGAUCAGCAGCCAUAAGCGCCGCAGAUGAAGGAGGUGAAGAGGUAGAAGAAUCAAAGAAAACCAAGAAGAGAAAGAAGAAGGAGGUUGAUGAGGGAGUAGUUACCCAAGGAGACGAUCAACAACCACCAGAAACCAAGAAAAAGAAGAAGAGCAAAGAGCCUAAAGAAAAAAAGAGCAAAAAAGACUCCUCAAAGAAGAAGUCCCGUCUCAAGAAGAAAGCUGACGAAACUGCAGAGCCUGAGCAGGACAAAGAAUAUAUGGAAGAUGAAGACCUCCAAGUUGAACAACAUCAACCCGCUAGGACUGUUGAGGAUGAAGAUGAAGACGAAUAUAUGGCAAGUUCUUCUCGUGCCACAGCAGAAGGUGAAGAAGAAUUUAGCUUUGAUAAUGAGUAA